AUGUCAUUCUUUCUUAAUCAAUAUGGUUCUCAAGAUGUAUCUGAAGAGAAGUUACAGAUAGCGGAAGUUCAAUUUGAUGCCAUGUGUACUACUUUUAAUAAUAUUUUAAAGACAUGUAUGGAGAAAUGUAUCCCCCAUGAAGAAUACAGCGAAGGAGAUUUAACUAAGGGAGAAAUAUGUUGUAUAGAUCGUUGUGUUGCCAAGAUGCAUUAUAGUAAUAGAUUGAUUGGAGCAUAUGUACAAAGUCGAGGAUUUGGGCCAUCUACGCAUCUACGACACAUUGAACAAUUCAAAAGAGAUGUACCGGAUGCGGAUAGUUGA